AUGCCGCACUCGUCUCCCUCGCGGAGGAGCCAACAGAAUGGCCAUAUCAAAUCAAGUCCCGAACGAGCCUACGUCCCAGACUUCCUCUCCGAGAACCGUAACUCGGAGUUAAGCCAUCGCGAUGCCCUUGCUGCGGCCCAGCUCGAGCACGAGCGCGUUCGACUUGCUGCAUUGAGAGUCUAUGAGGUGCAUCAACUGCAGGAAGAAAAGCAAAGGCUGGAAGCCGAGAAAAGGAGGAUAGCGCAGCUACAGCGGGAGGAAGAAGAACGGCUCAAGGCCGAGGCAGCAGUGCGCGCCGAGCAGGAGAGGCUGAGGGAACUCAAGGCGAAGCAGAUCCCUCAGCUGCCACCCGAGCCCGAACCCGAACCGCCCAAGCCGGAGCCGAAGAAAUCGCAAGAACCUCAGGUCAUUAGCACGACCGAAAAAGCGGCAGACAAGAUCGAGACUGCUGCGCCGGUAGCCUCCAAAUCUCAACAGGCUUCUUUGACAAGUACACCGGCGCCAGCUCUUCAGGCUGCAAAGGCGCCCCCCUCGGCACCCUCGCCGCCACCUGCAAAGGCACCGUCUGUACCAGACGCCCAAUCCAAUGGAUUCUUGACGAAACCUGCAGAGCUUGCGCGGCCCAAAACUGUCGCUCAGUCAGUCGCGCCAGCGCCCGCCGCUCAACUGACGGCCGAUCGAUACAUCGAGAUACACCAAGCUCUCAAGAAAUUGAGAAAAGAUGUCGAAGCUCUGUCCAAACAGCCCGGGUCUCCGUUGAAGGGCAAGCUGGGAGAUAUGCGCAGGCAGAUUAGGAAGUCCAUCGGUCAACUGACAGCUGGCAAAGGUGCAAACGUUACUCCUAUCAACACUAUCAACGGUGCUCUGCGCGAGUCUCUUGACGGCAGAGUACCCUCGCCUCUUGUCGAUGCAAACACCUACGUCCAACAGAACAGGGAGCCAGUUGAAGGUGCCGUUAAUAACGGACCGCAGCUACCAGCCCUGUUUAUUUACCUCCUCAACAUCCUCGCGAAAGCAAUCAUUCAGCAAUUUGCCAAUGAGGGCGGCGCGAAUCCCAGGUCCGCGGAGCCAGUCGGCAUCGUGACGGCCCAGAUCUUCUCCAACAAGGACUACCAGUGGCGUGGCGCCUCCAUGAUCGACAUUCUCAUCGCCAAGUUCCGCGUGGCUUGCCCCGUUUUGUUCGGGUCUAGGGGGAGCGAUAAGACGGAAAAUGGACGCAAGGCCAUCGGCUGGAAGAAGGAGGACGGCAACUGGGUUCCCGAGCAGGCACACAACGAUAGAAUGACGGGUCUCGGCGCCGGUUUUGCGGCCAUUGCACUGCGAGACUUUAGCAAGGCGUCCAAGACGAACCCUUAUCCUCCCACCAACUACUGGAAGGCUAUGGCGCAGAUUAUCAACUCGCCGCCGCAGCUGGUCUCCAAUACCCAGUACAUUGUGCUAAAGUCGAUGAUAGACGGCCACGAGCAGCGUUUCAUCAACUUCUACGGCAAUGCAGCCAUCGCUGCCCUUCGCAUGGCCCUGGUCGAGUUUCCUAAGAGGGCCCCGCCGGGCGCUACCGCGGCUCAGGCGCUGCAGGUCCUAGCUGACGUUCUGAGGCGAGACUCCGGGCUAGAGGUAGCAUAG